AUGUCGAGAAGAACCAACAACCAUAAAAGACGUAGAAAUGUUACGGACGACAAUAUAGAGGCUGGUCAAGAAAUUGCUGUUGAAUUGGAUUCAGACGUUUUUAUAAAUCAAACGUUUUUUUUAUAUCGGUGUACACCUUUUUACAAAUUCGAACAUACCGAUUUUACUCUAUAUGGAAAAGAAUUACAUAAUUUCAUCACUGGUCAAAUGUUAAAUACAAUUCCAUCAUUAGAUCAUGAGAUUAGAGAAGAGAAUGAUUUUACAUCAGAAGGAAAAGUUGUAGAAAUAUUCAUAUCAAAGAUAAAAUUAUCUGAUUGGAAUGGUACUAAUGGUAUGCCAAUUGGAAUUGAGAUAAAGUUCAAGCCGAAAGGGUCCGCAAAGGAGCAGAUAUUUCACAUAGUGUUCUUGCCAAGUAUUGUUAGUCGUGAUUUCAUAAAUAAAAAUUCACCAUUUAGUCAUUAUCCUGUUAUUCUAAUAAAGGCUCCUCAGCGACUCACGAAUAUUGCGAUCGAAUGGUUUGAAACCCGAUUUGAUUGCAGAAUAUGCAGAUAUCGUCUACAGUCGUCAUGUCUAAAAAUAUUUAUAGAAGAAUGGGCAAACAUAAGUUUUAAUUGCGAUGACUUUAUUCAAAAUUUAUUGAAUACACGAUUAAUCGCAAAACCACUUGAACUCACAUACACCAUCCCAAAUAUUUCAGAGAUCAAAAAUAUAAAGCUGAGGAUGUCCAUUGUUGAUGUCAAACAUCUUUACGAUAGAUUAAAAGAGCAACCUACAGAAUCACAGCGUAUAAUGGAAGGAAUUGAAAAAUAUUUCUUUGAAAAUCUACGUAUUAAUCUCUCCUCGUUGGCACUCUCUAAGAUUGGCAACAAUGCAGCAUUAAUCGCUGGCGAAGGAAAAUUGAAGCAUUUUAAACUCUUUUUCGUAAACAAAAUGAUGGAAAAAGAAAUACAGGUAAAAACAAAAAAGGUUGAAAGCGCUUCUCAACUAGAUUAUGAGAUAAAGCAAAUAGUUGAAAGGUUUCAAGAAAAAGAAACUGAACACACUUGGUCGGGUUUCGAUGCUGCUUUAACUCGUUUAAUUGCUAUAACUCGAGGCAGUGCUAUUCUUUAUGAGAAAAACUAUAUAUCAGGAAUAAAAACUUUGAGACAACCAAUAAUAAAUUCGAUAUUAACAGAAAGAACGAAACUUUCCGGAACGGCGACAGAAUUGAUAGAAGAAAUGGCUAAAACACUUGGAUUUAAAUUUGAUGCAUUGUCAGAAAUUUUUGUACCAUCUAUUAUUAAAUUAUGCAUGCGUACAAAAAAAACCACUCUUAUUCGAGCUCAAAAAUGCGUGAAUACGAUAAUUCGAGAAUGUCGACUACCAAACCUUAUCCCGAAAUUUAAAGAAGCACUGCAAAAUCAAAGUAAAACCUUAAGGAAUUGUGCGGCUGAAUGGAUCCAGAUAAGUUUGGAAACGAAUGAGGUUGGAGAUUUGAAUAAUUAUAUUGCUGAUAUCGAAUGGUCCAUCCGGCAAUGUGCAUCUGAUCCAUCAGCAGAUGUUAGAGCUAUUUCAAAGCAGAUUUUUGAAAUUUAUAAAUCGAAAUUUGAUUUAAGAUUAGAUACUUUCGUCGCGACUAUAAAAAAAGACCCUAUUAUUUCAAAAGUUUUAGGCAUUAAAGAUAAACCAACAAAAACAAACGCCCUACCACUCAUAAAAACGUUGAAAACCCGCAAGAUGGAUCACGUUCGAGAAAUGCAAAGUGACGUUAUUAUAUUUACUAAAAAUGGAGAUAAUGUGCAAAUAAUUAACGAUAGUGAAGACAAGGUGCAGAUAAUUAAAGACAAAAGAUUGCCUUUAAAUAAUGACAAUUCUAACUCAUCUGUGGAUAAGCCAGUUAUUACCGAAGAACCGUCUUCACUUGAUGAGCCGCAAGAUGCUGCUGUUGCUUUAACCACAUCUACUGGGUUUGCCACGUUAAAGCGACCAAAGUUGUCAUCAUCAAAAUCUCAACCCGUUAACACUACUGCUCAAAGAGUACCAGCUAAGCCGACAAGGGCUCAGGUGGUUAAUACAUCUUCGAUUAAUCGUGACGUAGGCACUGGAACUGGAGGAGCUCAACGCAUUCGAUCUAGAGAGCAUACUAUAACGAUCACCGAAGAUAAAAAUAAGGCUAGUCGUAUUCUAAAUACAAGCAAGACCAAUAACAUUAAACCGUCAAGACCACCUAUUAUUCGUACAACGAGUGCACCGGCUGAUAGUCCUGCUAAAAAAAAGCCAUCUCAUAAAUUCAACAAUAUUAAAGCAAAGACAGUUCCUAUCAUAGGUCAUAAAACUUUGAGAGAAACAGAAUCAGUAUCGAAUUCAGUUUUUAGACCUUUGAAGGUGACAGCAACUGCUACUUCAUUGACAGAAGGGUUAUUAACGACCGCCAAUUUAACUAUAACAAUAUCAACUGCAUCUAAACAAUCUAACCGUAACAAAAUUGGAAAACCAACGUCUACAAAUGCACGACUAUUUGGUAGACCCAGGGAACGUCAACGCCAAUUUUCUCCUUAUCAAAAACCUGCUGUAGAUUUCGCAACUAGAAAAUUUGGAAAAAAGCCACUACCAGACCGUGAAGAGUUAACUGCAAAAGUGAAUGCAUUAGCCAAUCACGCCAUUGAAGUAGUAACAAGGCAAGUGGAAGUAGAAUCAUCUGGAAAUCUGAAAGUUGAGAUAGUCGCAGUAGAAGAACCAGCGAUUGAGGAACAAGAUAUUGAAAAUUCUAAUACCUUAAGAGCGAGACCAUCAAUUAAAUAUCAACUACCAGCAACUCAAGACAUUACACCACUUCCUACUGAACCUUCUCCUCCUCUUUCAUUCGUUAAUCCUGUUAAAUUUCUGGAGGAUGUUCAAAAAGCUGAAACGAAUGGAUGUACCAAGGGGGAGAAUGUUGAACAACCAGAAGUUGAUAAGAGUAAAUUACAAUAA